AUGGAACGACUUGAAGAUAAUAGUUCUAAUAAAUAUCCCCGAAUUUCAGAACAUAUUGAUCAAGCAAAUAAUAUUUUAAAUAUUUUGAUUUUGAUAUAUUUUUUCGCUAAAGCAUCUGUCACUUUGAUUUUAGUUUUGCAAAUUGAUGAAUUUCAAACUGGAAAUUAUUGGACAAUCACAUUAUUUCGUGUCAUAAGUAAUAUAGUAGUUCUAGCAAAAUUCAAAACUUUAAUCAUUCCAAUAUGUACUGGUACUGCACCAUCUAAAAUUACAAAUCUGGAUAACAGCCAAUUUAAUAAAUCUCCAUUUAUCACCUAUGAAUUUAUGAGUCUAUUCAAUGAGUUUACCACUUAUUAUCAUGGGAACAGUGACAUUUUACCAGAGAAGAAUAACAGAAUUUAUCGUUGUGUUGUAAACUCUAUAAAAGGAAUUCCAGUUGUCAUUGAAACUGCAGUUAAAACAUUUUUAGAUAUGAUUGAAGGAAUAAGAAUAUUUCAAACCUAUGAUAUGGCAAAAAAUUUGGGGAAAAUUUAA